UUGAACAUCGGAAAGCGGCGGGAGAGACCGCAACAGAAUUUUGUCAGUGUUGUUUACAUUUAGUUAAGCUGAAAACACACCAACGCUGGUAUGUCAGCUGCGUCGCCAUCUAGUAGUCUUGUAGUUGGGUAUAUCUUGCCACCAAAGCAAGACGUUGCUGAGACGGCUGAGCCUGAUACGAAGCAAAAGGAUGGAUCUGUCUCCGAAGGAGAGGACGACGACGAGGAGGAGGAUGAGCCCGAGUUCCUUGACAUGGGGGAAAUGCAGAACUUAUCAGACGGAGGACGCUUGUUUCAGUCAUCCUUACCACGAAGACAUGAGGUUGACUUCUUUGACCGGCGCUCCCUCAAGACCCUGCGCGUGCAAGGCCGCUUCCCGUUGACGGACCCCUGGUGGGAGGUGACGUGUCGGGUGGGGCGCCCCCGCAGCAAAUGUGUGGCCCUCUACGGGUUCCCCUCCUACGCCCUGCGCAGGGACCUGCGGGGGGAAGAUGGAUGCUCGGUGCUGUCACUGUUCCUGAAUGCGUGUGGUGUGUCACCAGAUCACAUGAAAUGGUUUAUGGAGUGGUGGAGGCUGGAGAAGGAGGUGGAGGGUGGAGAAGGCGGUGGGAAUUCCAUUGAACUGAGUGAUGUGCCGGAGUUCCUGGAGGAGUUUGGGGAGAAGAACAAGAAGAACAAGGAAGUUGCAAAGUCCAUGAGCAGCUCUGUCUUGCACUCAGGUCCAGGUGUGUGCGUUGCCGCUUCCUCCCUCUACCCUCUGGUGAUGAGGCACCUUCCCACCUUGCUGCCGCGCCAGUUCCUGGAGCUCCUGGGCCUGGGCAGGAGGAGAGAUGACGAGCCUGCCCAGGAACAAGCUGACGCUCCCCAGGCACAGUGCCUGCUGACGCGCCUGGAGGAGGUUAUAGACACGGAGGUCUGGAAGAUGGGCUUCAGUCAUAUUCUGUACAAGGAUCUGGGCUUGAUCCGUUGCGAGGCGCGGCUCGAGGCCUUCGAAGCCUGUGGCCUUUUCCAGAACAUUCCGCAGCUGCAGCGUCAGGCCCUGCAGGUGUACGAGCAGCUGAAGUGUCGCUGCCAGGGCUCAGGCAGCACCUAUGUGGAGCGUGGAGACCUGGAGGAGCACAUGAGGCCCUGGAUGGACGAGGUGUACGUCUGGGAGGCCGUUCGCUUCCUCAAGCAGCAUGGCAUAGUGCAGCUGGAACGUCAGAAGGUGGUGCUGCAGAACUUCUACACAUACGAGACGGGCAUCGGAGAGCGGCUGGCUAUGCUGACCAGGGCGGAGGGGUCGGAGCACUGGCGAAUCAGGCUGGACGUCAGGCAGGUCCUGAGGAAUGCAGAGCUGAAGAGGAGGAGGGCACGGGCCGAAGCAGAGGCCAAAGCUGCGGCCGAGACUGAGGCUGAGGAAAGGGCAGGGACAGGCAGAAGGAGAGAGACACCUGGAGGAGGAGGAGAACUUGUGAAUGGGGCUGGACCCUCUCACCCAGAGUCUGAGGUGGGGAGAGGGGGGAGGGCCACGGCGGUGGUGAAUGGGGAUGUAGCAACAGCAGGACGAGCACUAAGGGAUAGGAAUAAUAAUGGGCAGGAUGAAGGGCAUCACAACAGGGAGAUGAUGGAGAUGGGGGCACAUCCCCCUCAGACGUACCCCUCACAAAAUGGCGGCUCCAGCUCCUCGUGGGACCUGAACUUUGACCUCACCUACUCCACCCCGACUCUGACGCCAACCUCAACCCUAAACCCCACUCCAACUCUUACUCAGGAGGCUCCGUUCCCUGGUGCGGACCAGGCGGAGGUGGAAGUGGAAUUAGACCCGGAUCAGGUGCGGGCAGCUGAGAUGAUCUGCGCCAACCCGGUGACGGUGAUCAGCGGCAAGGGCGGCUGUGGUAAGACGACGGUGGUGAGCCUGGUGUUCCAGGCUGCCAUGCAGCAGGAGAGGAGCGAGCAGGAGGAGGUGGAGAGGGCCUGCCAGGACUUCCAGAACGACCUCCUGGACAACUCGCAGCCCGUGGAGCAGACGCACCAGAGCAAUGGUGAAGGGAACCAGCAGAAGGAGAAAAAAGAGGAGCAGAAGGAAGGAGAGAAAGAGGAUGAGGAGAAGGUGGAGGUUCUUCUGACCGCCCCUACUGGUCGAGCUGCCAGCUUGCUGAACAAGAGGACUGGACUACCUGCCUACACCAUGCACCAGGUGUUGUUCAGCUACAUGCACUGGAAGAAGUUGGGGGCGGAGAAGGCCAAGGCUCAGGCCCAGACGGAGGCCCAGGCGCGGGCCGAGGGCACGGACAAGCGGGGGCCCUGGAAGUUCCGACGGGUGCGGGCGCUAGUGGUGGACGAAGGCAGUCUGGUGUCCGUGCAGAUCCUCCACUCACUCCUCACCAUCCUCUCCAAAGAGGCCUGCCUGCAGAAGUUCAUCAUGCUCGGUGAUGUGCGUCAGCUGCCCAGCAUAGAGCCGGGUAACGCGCUGUACGACCUCUUCCACAGCCUGAGCCGGGUGCGCUGGUCCAUUGAGAUGAGGACCAACCACAGGGCAGAGUCCCAACUCAUCGUAGACAACGCUGGAAAGAUAGCAGACAUGGGUCAGAAGCGCACCUACCACCCGCUGGACUUUGACUGGGAGGUGGACAUGAACCAGCCGUCCCCACAGACACUUGCUCAGGACAAGAGGUUCAUCUACGUCAGGGUGUCACACAACGACACCGCCAUUCAGGAUGCUGUGGCUCUUCUACUCAGACGUGGCAUUGGCCUUCAAGACCACAAGAGCUCUCAGUUCAUCGCCUUCAGAAGGAAGGACUGUGACCUCAUCAAUGAGCUCUGCUGCAAGCAUUAUGUUGAUCAUCCUACCAGGAACCAUAAGCGGAGGCUGGAUUUCCGGGUGGGCGAUAAAAUCUGCUGCACGCGCAAUAACUACGUUCCCGACAGGGGUGACGACGUCGGAGUGGCCCAAAAAGAACCAUCAUCACCAGCAGCGACACAGCUGGCCACACAGGACGAUGACCCUCAGGAGGGGGGCAGCCACACAGGGAUGAGAAGGGGGGAGGGAAAGAAGGAGGUCCGCAAGGAACGCUUGUGUAACGGAGAGAUCUUCUACAUCAUACAGGAUCAUACAGUCAUUGACGAAAGUGGUAGAAGGAAGAGGUACCUCCUUUUGGAUGACGGACAGGGGAAGGAGCUCUGGGUUCUCUUCAGGGAGGUGAACAGACUGUGCCGCCUACAGCAUGCAUGGGCUCGCACCAUACACACCUUCCAGGGCUCGGAGGCGGAGACCAUUGUGUACGUGGUGGGCAGCGGUGUCGCUCAGGACUGGCGCCACGUCUACACGGCCGUCACCCGAGGACAGAAGCGUGUCUACGUGGUCUCCAGGGACGCCGACCUUGAGAAGGCCAUCAGAGGCCACAUCAAGGCACGCAACACCCGUCUGGCACAGCUGGUGCGAGAACUGGUUGCAUCGCAAGUCCCAGGACCUGGACAGCAGAGGGAGGGGUUGGUGGGGGAGGAUGGGGAGAACCAGCCUGGCUUCACGCAGCCCAACCCAGCCACCCCGUCUAGGCGAGGCCCAGGCUUUGGGUUGUCACAGGCCUCACAGACCCCGGGACCUUAUGGAUGGAGUAAGGAUAUAAAGAAAGAGAUUAAGAAGGAGACUGAGAUUAAAAUGGAGAGAGAGAUUAAGAUAGAUAAUAUCAAGGUGGAGGUUAAAAUUAAGGAAAACGUCAAAAUCAAGGAAGAAAACGAAGAAGUGGCUUGUUAUCAGAUGGACACGCAUGCUUCCUAUCUGCAGCCCAUUGCAGGACCUUCUGGCAUUCACCAGAACAUCAAAGUAGAGAAGAAGGGGGAACAUUUUCAUCAAAGCACAAUUGACGCAUGGCUGAGACACCGCACCAACAAGGAACCCUCCUCCACAAUGUGCAGGGACGUCAAAAGAGAAGAAGACGAGGACCAGGACUUGGACACGAGUGAUGCCUGUUUGCGGGACGACCUGAUGUUCAGUCAGGCAUAUAAAUGGUCACCUAUGGAGGAGGUGGAGGACCCCACGGACCCAGGGCCCAGUAAAGUGAAGGAUUCGUCACAGGCGUCACAGGGGAACCUGGAUAGUCCAGUCGGCAGCAAGCGGCUGGCCGAGCAUGAGGGUCACCACCUCAGCACUCCCCAUAAGCAAGCAAGGGUUGCCUCAGUGCAUACCCCUACCGGUGCUUCAAGUCUUGGCCUGCUGUCUCUCAACUCCCCCAGCCCAGCCCCUUUUGUGAAGCACCUGUUUCCACGGGAACGGGAGGAUACGGACGACAAUGCAGCCAACCUCAGCCCCAGGCACACACCGACAAACUCGCAGACACAAACUCCGAGCUCAGCCUAUAGGUUCAAGCCCAGAGCAUUCGCCGCUCUCUGGAAGGAGUUUGUUUCUAGUGCUGCUUCCCAGUAUAAUGGACAAUCUGAGGAGCAGGAGGGGGCAGAAGGUGGAGCAGGGCCCAGCAACAGCCACCCACAAGAGGCCUCGCCGUCUAGGCGAGUCCCAGGCUUCAGCCGGCCUCACGGUGACCACACAGGAACAGACGCCGCAGCGUCCAAAGAUGACACAUUGAAAGUAAGGGGUAAUAAUCCAAACUCGCAGGACCUACAGGAUGACUUUGCAUUCUCUCAGGCAUAUACCUGGUCGCCUAUGAGCUGUGGGGAGGACCCAUCAUCAGCAGUAGCUAAUGGGAGUUUGGUGGCAGACAGGUUGGACUUUCAGCCUUUAGAAGAGGAUGACGCUCUCUAAGAGCACCUGAAAUUGUCAUGAACAGAGUGUAUGAGUUCUGCUGAGCAGCACAGUGGAAUAACACUGUCUUGUUGAGAAUUAAGUACGUGUGUACACACAUACACACUUCUGGAGGUGAGAGAUGAUUGAGCUAGAAGGCAGUAAAGGGUAUAAUGUUUGUUUGCAAUCAUUGUGGAUGUACACAAAUUGUCAGUAUUAUAUGGAGGUUAAUCACUUGACAUCCUCGCAGAUGAUGUCUAGGUCUUGCCGUGGCCAACAUUAUUUUAUGAUGGCCACUCAGCCAGACAGUAGUUUCAAAAAAAGCCAGUGGCCUUUGGUUGGUUAGCAAUAUUUGAUUCCACCCACAGCUGACCUCACAUAAUUCAAAUUGGAGACUGUACUUUCACCAGUGUUGAAGGAGGCUGGUCAAUGUCUUGACGUUUGUUUUUGUUCUUUCAAAUGAACAUAGCACUUCAGUGUUAAGUGUUAAGCAAGUAAGGAAGGGAGAAGUCUUGUCUAAUCAGGUAUGAAAAAAAUGAAAAUCAUUUUUUUAUAUAAUGGAGCGGGGAAACUGCUUGAAAUUGUUAUUUUUUUUUUAAAUUUGAGUUUUGUUUGUCUCCGGCUUUGUCUAGAUCUUCUUCUUCUUCUUCUUCUUCUUCUUCUUCUUCUUCUUCUUCUUCUUCUUCUUCUUCUUCUUCUUCUUCUUCUUCUUCUUCUUCUUCUUCUUCUUCUUCUUCUUCUUCUUCUUCUUCUUCUUCUUCUUCUUCUUCUUCUUCUUCUUCUUCUUCUUCUUCCGUGGGUUAGUCAGAUGACCCCAUCUUGAUGCUCUCUCAGUUGUUGAUGCCAGGGUCUUACUGGAAAAAUUCCUGGCCAUGUUUACUGCUCUACUGCAAUUGGCUCUGCCAAAGGUACCGUCUUGUCUGCCUCAGACAUCAAACACGGGGUAUUUACCUGUUACAGUAGAACUGGAACUCUUUUUAUUUUAUUUCCUUUCACUGAUUAACAAAGGUAAAAUAUCUAUUUUUUUCUUCUGUUUUAUGGAAGUUGUACUGUACAUACUGUAUGUGCAAAAGGCACGCUAACCACAUCUCACACAUUUUUCUACUGGGCUUUUUUAUUGAAGGUAUUUUUCUAGUCAUGUUGGUGCCAAACUGUCCUCAGUUCUUACCAAUACAUCUACAUUGCUUUCCAUGACAUCAUGUUCUUCUGUAAGUGCCUUUGAUAUGAGAUGUUAACAUCAAAGAUUGUCUGGGCUCUGCCUUUUCACAGGAUCUGUUUGUAUGUCCUAAAGCAAUCAUAAAAGUUCUAUUGUUUCACA